AUGGCCAAUACUCAAUCACGUCCCAAGUCGUUUGUACAGACGGUCAUACCAUUGGCCAAGACCCUUCAAUUCUACUGGUUUAUCGGCCAUGUUUCCAGUUUAGUGUUUUUCACUUUUGACUUUUUGUUUUCCUUCAUUAAUAAAUCAAAAGCCUUGAAAUUCUACCAAUUAACCUUGGUUUCGGUCAUUAUAACUUAUUCAAUAGUUAUCAAACAGGUUCAUUUGAAGAAUUCUUGGAACGUGGCCAAAUUGCUCCAGUUGCAGAGCUUUAAAGAUGAAAAUAUCCAAUACUUGAGUCUUUCAUUAGUUUUCUUGUUAGCAAGCUUCAAAAUUGGCCCAGUUAACGGAUACUACUCCUUAAUUGUAUUCUCUAUAUUCCACGUUUUACAUUACUUCCAGAAAAACUUAUUACCGUCCUUGCCAAUUUCAAUUGCAGGCCAACAAUCAAUCAAUUCAAAAAUUAAUCACUUCACUUCCAAUUACAGUCAACAAGCCUUACUUGUUGCUGCUAAUAUGGAAGUCUUCUUGCCUUUGGCUUUACUCAUGAAGUCUUUCCUUUUGGUCUUUAUGAUUUUUAAAGAUCCUGCCUACGUGUUGGUGUACUUAUUCACGCUUGCAUCCAUUGUUGUUUUCAUUAAAUUAAGAUAUAAUGAUAACAAAUACACCCAGGAUGUCAUUCAACAAUGGGACUACAAAAUCUCUACCGUAUUGAACCAUCCCCAAUUACAAGCUUAUCCUUUAUCUAAUCUCUAUCAUCAAAAUUUUAAGGCUUUGGUUGCAAAGUAUAUUGGUCCAAUAAGAAUUGCUCCAAAACCUUCUAAAAAGACUCAAUAA